AGACCAAGAAACUUCUUUCCCUUUUAUUUUAUCCAAACGGUAAGUGUCGGUAAGUAUAAAUGAAUUUUAUUAAUACGUGCUCCCAUGUUCUAACAUGUUCAAGCCCAGCGUCUCCUUAAUCCUCUCAUAAAUCCUGAAAAACCCGCCAACCCCUUUCGAGGAACCGAUCUCCCAUUUCCCCAAUGUCAAACGUCGUCGUUCUCGACAACGGCGGAGGCCUGUUAAAAGCGGGCCAAGGAGGCGAGCGCAACCCCGCCGUCGUAAUCCCAAACUGCCUCUACCGCCCUCUUACAUCCAAAAAAUUCCUCCACCCCACAACCACCCUCUCCUCCACAACCGAAGACCUAACCUCCGCUGCCAUACGCCGCCCCAUCGACCGAGGCUACCUAAUCAACCCCGACUUGCAACGAGACAUAUGGUCCCACCUUUUCACCUCUCUCCUCCACGUCACCCCUUCCUCUUCCUCCCUCCUCUUAACCGAAGCCCUCUUUUCCCUCCCUUCCAUCCAACGCUCCACCGACGAACUCGUUUUCGAAGACUUCGGCUUCAACUCCCUCUACGUCGCCGAUUCGCCUUCCCUCGUCCACCUCUACGAGGCCAGCCGCCGUCCAUACGGGCUGGUUUCGGAGGCACAGUGUAGUUUGGUGGUGGACUGUGGGUUCUCGUUUACGCAUGCGGCGCCGGUCUUCCAGAACUUUACGGUGAAUUAUGGGGUGAAGAGGAUCGAUUUGGGAGGGAAAGCUUUGACUAAUUAUUUGAAAGAAUUGGUUUCGUAUCGGUCGGUUAAUGUAAUGGAUGAGACUUUUAUAAUGGAUGAUGUUAAAGAGAAGCUUUGCUUUGUUUCUGUUGAUGUUGAAAGAGAUCUCCAGGUUGCCCGGAAACGUGGCAACGACAAUCUUUUUAGAUGUACUUACGUCUUGCCUGAUGGUGUUACUCACACAAAGGGUUAUGUUAAAGACCCGGAAGCGGCGCAGAGGCAUCGUAUUUUGACAGAUGGAGCCACUCCUUCACGAGCUGUGGAAACAAAGAAAGAGACAGAUCACUUGGAAGUUAUGGAGAAGAGUGAGGAGAGGAAGAGAGUGGAUUUAACUAAAAAUGAGUUUGACUUAACAAAUGAACGGUUUCUUGUCCCGGAAAUGAUCUUCCAACCUGCAGAUUUGGGAAUGAAUGAGGCUGGACUAGCAGAAUGCAUUGUUCGUGCUGUCAAUGCAUGCCAUCCUUGUCUUCAUCCUGUACUUUUUCAAAGCAUAAUAUUGACUGGCGGAAGCACAUUGUUUCCUCGAUUUGCUGAAAGACUGGAAAAGGAUCUGCGUCCUCUUGUUCCAGAUGACUAUCAAGUGAAGAUAACAACUCAAGAAGAUCCAAUACUAGGUGUGUGGCGAGGGGGUUCACUUUUGGCAUCCAGUCCUGAAUAUGAAUCAAUGUGUGUCACCAAGGCUGAAUAUGAGGAGCUUGGAUCUGCUCGAUGUCGGAGGAGAUUCUUUCAUUGAGUACUCAAGAUCUUGAAGUUUAAUUUUUCUAGAGUUUCUUGAUGCAACUGUACAUGAGGGAAAGAUGUUGCUGGAAAUCAACUGCUGUUAUGAGACAUGAGCUUCUCUUCUAUGGUGAACAGCAUUCUUUUGACAAAUUUGAGCAAUUCUGUACAUAGAAACCUGAGCAAAUUUUUCAGGCCAUAUGGGGGAAGAUGUUGCUGGAUAUCAACUGCUGUUAGAUGGCUUACACAUAUACCCAGAAACCUUAGCAAAUUUGUCAUGCUCAUCAACUUGAUUUGAUAAGUUGCUACAAUAUGGCCUCUUGAUGUGUUUUCCUGUGAAAGGAGUGUGUUGGAGAUGAAAUUAGCCUCCAUUACUCUGACACAGAAGCCAGCUGACAAACUCCUACUCCAAUCAAUCAAAGAUGUUAUUUGGAAGCUAAAUAUGUGAAAGAAGUGACAUGUUUGGUAUGGUUGCAUCCAAGAGAUGAGGAUUCCUGUCUUCAGUUGCGGGAUGUUACUUAAUAUUCAUGUAUUCCAAGUGCCCAUUUUUAGCUUGGUGGGUAGAUGAUUUAGCUUUAUGAUUAAUGACAACCAAGGAGCCAACCCUGAAAACAUA